UUUUUUCUAUUUCUCUGUUUGUCAUACUCGAAAUUGUUUUGAUUUUUUUGUUUUUCCAAGUAAAGCAAACAAAUAAGAAAAAAAAAAUGUCUGAAAAUGAUUCUGGUGUUGAUUCUGGUAAUGAUGAUUCAAAUAAUGAUGAAUCAUUCAAUAGAGAAGAUGAUGAUGAAAUGAAUUAUGAAAAUGUUGAUGAUGAAGAUGACGAAGACGAUCAUAAUCAAAAUCAAAUCGAUCAUUCGAAUGAAAUCGUUGUUAAUCAUCCUGUUAUUGAAUCAUCCGAAAAUGAUCCAAAUCAGCAGAUAAUGUUAGCAUCGCCAUCAACAAGUCAGCAAUCAUCAUCAUCAAUGAAUGUCAAUAAUUUUUCAACGAACAAUAAUCAAUUCGAACCAUCAACAUCUACCUCAUCGAGUUCCAAUAUAUUUCGUAUGCGUUCAAUUUCUAUAACUGAACAUUCAAUGGAUGAAUGUAAUUCAUCAACAUUAUCAUCACCACAAUAUUGUUCAACAGCAACAACGUCCAUAUCAAAUUCUAAAUCAACAACAACAUCGCCCAUAAUAAAAACAAAUAUAAAUCUUUGCGGUUUUAAUUUUACAGUCAACAAACAAGAUCUAAAUAAAUUAUGGAGUUUUUAUAAUGGUCAACAACAACAACAACAACAACAGCAACAUAAUUUUAUACCAAAAAUAAAAUGUACAAAAAAAUUACGAACAUUACGUUAUUAUAAUAAUCAACAAUAUCCAUCCAAUCAACAUGAGGAAAAAUCAUUACGAAAUGCAGCAAAUUGUGGUGAUAUAAAGCUAAUCAAACAAUUAUUAUUACAAUCACAACGAAAUCAUCAUAUUGAUUUAAAUUCUUGUGAUGAACGUAAACGUACUGCCUUACAUUUUGCCUCUGUACGUGGUCAUAAUGAUAUUGCCUGGCUAUUAUUAAUGAAUGGUGCUGAUCCAAAUCCACAUGAUAUUAAUGGUAAUACACCAUUACAUUUAGCUGUUUGUUCAUCUAAAUUAGAUAUGGUAAUAUUAUUAUUAAAAAAUGGUGCUAUUUGUACAUCAUCCGAUAAUAAUGGUAGAACACCGAUAAAUCUUGCACAUUCAAAAUUAUUAUAUCUUUCAAAAUCAUUGGAAAAACGUCGUAUUAUUUUAUCAUCUUCAUCUUCUUCUUCUUCGUCAAUCGAAUCCGUUGAAUCAUCAUUAGAAAAAUUAAAAAUUGAAGUUAUGAAAAUAUCAAUAAUGUUAGGCAUUUAUCUGGAAAAAUGUACAAAAAUUGAUUCAAAUAAACUUGUAAAUAUGGAUUUAAUAAAAAAUCGUGUCGAACAUAGUCAAACAUCACAAGAAAUUGAAAAUGAUGUUAAUGAUCUUUUGAAAUGUUUACAGGAUUGGGCAUUAUGAAAAGAAAUUAACUUUUUUUUGUUUUUUAAUUCCAUAUU